GCCACUGAGGAGCCGGCCCAGCGUCAGAGAGGAAACACUUCCUCCCCAUCACUUGCCUUCUCAUCUCAGCACCUGCACUGACUGAAAUCCACACACGGGCCCUCCUUUGAUGAUGUCCACUGAGCAAAUGCAGCCACUGGAGCUCUCAGAAGACAGACUGGACAAGCGUGACCCUCGUUGUGGCCACUUAGAUGACCUUUCAGACCAGUUUAUUAAGGACUGUGAUCUCAAAAAGAAGCCAAGAAAAGGGAAAAAUGUACAAGUCACCCUGAAUGUUGAGUCAGACCAGAAAAAACCAAGGAGAAAAGAUACACCGGCCCUGCACAUCCCACCUUUCAUACCAGGUGUGCUUUCAGAACAUUUAAUUAAAAGAUACGAUGUCCAAGAGAGACAUCCAAAAGGCAAAAUGAGUCCAGCUCUUCAUAAUACUGACCUGGAACAGAAAAAGCCAAGGAGAAAAGACACACCUGCCCUGCACGUGUCCCCCUUUGCAGCAGGUGUGACACUGCUCAGGGACGAGAGACCCAAAGUGAUCAUGGAAGAUGAUGAAAAAGAUGGUGACAAAUAGCUAUUUAAAGAUAUUUCCCCUAAGACCACCUGUAAAUAGGUUAGAUUGGUUCCCUAUGGCGACCUAGAAAAAAUAGACUUGUUUCUGCUCUCAUUUUGUCAUAGUCUGCCUUUAAGAUCCAGACACAUUUUCCCCAGGAGGCAUACUAUAUCAGAUUGCCAGUCACCUCUUUGUCUUCCUCUUCUUUUUUGAAUCUGGUUUCUAUUCCCACUUCUUGAGUUUUCAUCUUCUGAUGCAGUGGAAAGGAAGCAGAUCAUCCUAACUUGGGAGAUAACAGGGAAAGCUUUAGUGCUCAGCGUCUGCCUCUUCUGGAACAAUUCGUGGAGCAAAGAGCGUGGAUAACAUGUGAAUCCUUUAUUUCUUGGCGUAUGCUGCUGGGCGGGACUUGACUUCACAUCAUCCAAAUACUAGUUCAAGUUGGGACUCCCUGUUGCCAGUUAGGGAAAUGAGAAUGUUUGGGUUCUGACUCACUGAUUGCUUUGGAGAACAUGGUCUUUUAUCUCUUUUAUCCUUUCUCAAGAGUCCAAGUGUCUCUUGUGACAUACCUAGCUAAGAUCCUUGUAACUGAUACCCUAAAAGUGAAUAUGUGAGCUGGGGGAGUCAACCCAACCAACCAUGCCUUGACUGAAAACACCGCAGACAGAGGGUGCCAGUCUAUCUGGGAAGCUUAGCAAUAUACCCUAUUUAUUUUUAAAAAUGUUUCUUAACCAUGUUUUCCUGAAAUUUUGUGAGUUGUGUCACAAACAACCAUUACUAAUUAUAGGUAUAAUACCAAUGUUUGUGAUGAAUUUACUUUUUAAAAACUUAAUUAAGAUCAAUGGAAGGCCAUUCCUAUACUUUUAGCAAUCUCACUUAUUUAGACCCCAAUGUGCUUUCUUGGAUGUGAGGGAAAGAUGUGGCAUUAGCUAGUGAGCAGGAGUCUAUGUAUGACCCCUGCCCCAGCCUGCAGUCUGUGAGUGCCAUGAGAAGGUUUUGCACGAGGGCCUCAUCAUCUAUCAGGUGAUGGACAUGGGGAAAAACGAAAGCUGUCGUUCAAAGGUAUAAAGGUGGAUAUUCAAACAGAUGCUGCCUAAGUGAUAAUUUGGAAGCUCUGUAUACACCCUGACUCCAAUAGUUUGUUAAUCCCUUCUGCCUUUCUGUCCUUCUCACAAAUGUGGAAAAGAUACAGGACGCUGCUGGUAAUAAAGAUGCUUCUGGUAAUAAGA